AUGGCUACACACAAGGCUCUUGUUCUUAGCUCAUGCGACCGCCCGCUGACCCUGGAGACUGUUCCCCGUCCGCUAGCCAAGGCGGGCGAAGCAGUCGUGCAAGUUCUGGCUGCCGAUAUUGUCCCUUACAUGGGUGAGGUAUUAAAUGGCUCUCGUCCGUAUCCAUUGUCUCUUCCUAUGACACCCGGUAACACUGCCAUCGGAAGAGUCUUCGAGGUCGGGCCGGAUGCCGUUAGCCUCACGCCGGGUCAGUUGGUAUUCUGCGACAUCACCAUCCGAGCACGCGACGAUCCAUCUGUCACCAUUCUCUACGGAAUCCAUGGAGGUGGAUACCCAGCAGCACAGAAACUGAUGGACGGCGAGUGGCGAAAUGCAACAUACGCGGAAUACACAAGAUUUCCUCUGGAAAAUCUCUAUCCGCUGAAUGAGGAUCUCCUGGUGGCAAAGAUGGGAUACACGAUUUCUGACUUAUGUUUCCUGCCUGUAUUUCUCGUCCCUUUUGGUGGACUGUCCGAAGUCAAUGUUAAACCCGGCGAAGUGGUGAUUGUGGCACCGGCAACGGGCAGAUAUGGAGGUGCCGCAGUGGCUGUGGCACUCGCCAUGGGCGCUACAGUAGUGGCUGCCGGUCGCAAUACUUCCGCCCUUCAGACCCUCAAGACGAUACAUGCAUCCACAGGUCGACUUAGAACAGUAGUGGUCACUGAAGACUCUGCACGAAAUUCCGAGCUAUUCAAAUCCGCCGCUGGAACGAAAGAUGGUGCCGACGUAUACAUUGACUUUUCGCCGCCUGCAGUGAAGAGCAACGCGCUGCUUUGUUCUGGUAUUGGCUCAUUGCGUUCAUUUGGAAGAUGUAUCAUAAUGGGAGGGAGGUCGGGGGACAUUCAGGUUCCAUAUUUGGACGUUAUGUUCAAAAGCCUCAGGCUUCAAGGUCGAUUCAUGUAUUCACGACACCAUAUUCUUCAAUUCAUAAAAAUGGUGGAGUCGGGGCUGAUGGUACUGGGGACUAAAGCUGGCAUUCAUCAUACAGAGGAGUUUGGAAUGGAGUCUGUCGAUGAUGCACUCAAGCAAGCGGGGAAGCUGACAGGGUGGGGUUCACACGUUGUAUUGAGACCCUAUAAUGGCUAG